GUGAUUCAUGAUUACUUCCGUUCUGUGCGUGCAGCGGUCGUCAGCUUAGCAGCUCACGCGGGGUAAACCAGUCGCAAAGGCAAGAUUUCUCGAUUUUUUUUUGUUUGUUCUCCAGCCUUCUGAAACUGAACCGCACUAUCGAUUACAACUUGCGCUUGGGACGAUUCAUUGAAGACUGAAACCACUCCAGCAGCGCUGUGUGUGUGUGAGGUGGGCCUCAAGUGGAAUCGCGGUGAGCCGAUUCAUCAGCAAACAGGAUGGCGGAAUACAGCCGCAAGGUUCGCUCGAAGAAGGAAAAAUCAGGCGAGACGAUCGCGUACAGCGAAGCUGCCAUGCGGCACAACGGCGCCGUGCUCGAGUACUGCCGCACAUCGCUCGCCGCAUUGUCCGGUUGCACGGCGGGCAUACUGGGUCUGACGGGCCUCUGGGGUUUCCUCUUCUACUUCGCCACCUGGCUGGCGCUGUGGCUCAUGCUGGUGCUCCGCACGAUGAACACCUGGCACCGUUUCCUGCGCAGCCGUACCACAUUCCUCACGACAGGGCUGUUCGGUGGCCUCUUCACCUAUGUUCUCUUCUGGACUUUCUUCUACGGCAUCGUUCACGUCUACUAACGAGUCUGUGCGGCCACCUGGAAUGAAAUGUGAUGCUCUUUGCGGAAGUCGUCGAAGUCUGUCGCGACAGCAGCUGCGUUCCCCUUAGCCUGUGUGGCGUGCCGGAUGGUAGCACAGCAGGUGCUGUGGUGAUGCAGCACCUAGGUGGCACUGGCGGGACGCUUUAACCACACGCGUUGACGCUGUAGCGUCGAUUGUGUGGCCUGUGUACACGGCCAAUGCGCGAUCAUGGUGGCUCAUUUGUUGAGCUCGCGUUGCGUACUGCCCCCACUUUACGAGGCAGACUGAGACAGCGACAAAUGGUCCUUUGAAGCGCCACUUCGUAACAGCUACCAGCUUUAUCAUUUUUCUUCAAGUCUGUUUACAUGUGCUGCACCUUUAUCAACAUGUUAGUGUUGCAGUAUUGCACGUGUGCGCUUUGCCGAAAUGGUUUCUUCUUAGUGUUGCUUAGCUGGUGUUGUUUAUACACAUUGUCCGGUGGAUUGCAUUAAAGAUGUUUGGCUUGUA